AUGAAGAUCAGCGCACUCCUGACCUCUGCGGGCAUCAAUAUUGGGCUUUGCGUGCUCUUUCUGUCGCUCUAUUCUGUUCUGAGGAAGCAGCCAGCCAAUGUCAGGGUCUACUUCGGCCGGAGGAUUUCCGAGGAGCAUAGUCGGCUCCGAGAGGCUUUUAUUUUGGAGAGGUUUGUUCCAUCAACUGGCUGGAUCGUCAAGGCCCUGCGGUAUACCGAGGAAGAGCUCUUGGCAGCUGCUGGGCUGGAUGCUGUCGCUUUCAAUAGAAUGCUUGUCUUCAGCAUACGUAUCUUUUCACUGGCUGCCCUUCUGUGUGUGUUUGGAAUACUUCCAUUGCACUAUUAUGGAAAAAAUAUACUACAUAGUCGGAUUCCUUCAGAAGAUUUGGAUAUCUUCACAAUUGGGAAUGUGGAAGUGCGAUCAAGAUGGCUUUGGGUUCAUUGUCUAGUUCUCUACAUAAUAUCUGGAGUAGCUUGCAUUCUCCUAUAUCUUGAGUAUAGGCACAUUGCUAGACUGAGGCUCCUUCACCUUAAGCGUGCAACACCCAAUCCAGGCCAAUUUACUGUGCUUGUUCGCGGAAUACCAAAGAUAACAAAAGAAUCGUGCAGUAGUGCUGUUGAUGAUUUCUUCACCAAGUAUCAUGGGUCAAGUUACCUAUUCCACCAAGUUGUUUAUAAAGUUGGGAAAGUUCAGAAGAUAAUGACUGGUGCCAAGAAGGCAUGUAGAAAGUUGAAACAUUUCACGGACACCACUGUAGAUCAGAGCUACAAAGCAAUUACAUACCGGUGUUGUCUUUGUGGUGCCUCUUCAAAUUCUUUCCACUUGUUGCCCACUGACGAAGUUGUACCGAGCAGAGGAAAAGCUGACCUGGACGAUUCUAGCUUGAACAUGGAUAAUGAGGAAUGUGCGGCUGCUUUUGUAUUUUUCAAAACUCGGUAUGGAGCACUUGUUGCGUCAGACGUUCUUCAGACAUCGAACCCUACGAAGUGGGUUACUGAUCCAGCUCCAGAACCAAAUGAUGUGUAUUGGUCAAACAUUUGGCUUCCCUAUAAGCAGCUUUGGAUUCGACGGAUAGCGACGCUUCUUGGUUCUAUUGUUUUUAUGCUCUUAUUUCUGGCACCAGUGACGUUUAUAAAUGGUCUAUCUCAGCUUGAUCAGUUGCAGAAGAGGCUUCCUUUCCUUAAUGGGAUAUUGAAGCAGCCACACCACAUGGUCCAACUAAUAACUGGAUACCUUCCGAGUGUCAUACUGCAAAUAUUUCUGUACUCUGUUGCGCCAAUAAUGAUGCUAUUUUCAACACUAGAGGGGCCUGUAUCUCACAGCGAAAGGAAGAGGAGUGCUUGCUGUAAAGUGCUGUACUUCUUGAUUUGGAAUGUAUUCUUUGUUAAUGUGGUAUCUGGUACUGUCUUAAAACAAUUGGAUUUUUUUUCAAGCCCAAAGGACAUUCCUGUCCAGCUCGCUAAGGUUAUACCUGGGCAGGCUUCCUUCUUCAUCACCUAUGUUCUGACUUCAGGAUGGGCCAGUUUAUCAUCUGAACUUAUGCAACUCUUUGGUCUGAUCUAUAACUUCAUAAGGAAGUAUGUUCUGAGAAUGAAAGAAGAUACAGAGUUUGUCCCCUCGUUCCCCUAUCACACUGAAGUACCAAAAGUAUUGUUGUUUGGACUAUUGGGAUUCACAUGCUCUGUACUGGCGCCCUUGAUCUUACCUUUUCUGCUAGUCUACUUCUUCCUGGGUUAUGUCGUAUACCGCAAUCAGCUGCUCAAUGUGUACCGCACGAGAUAUGACACCGGUGGUUUGUAUUGGCCGAUUAUACACAACACAGUGAUAUUCUCUCUCGUGCUCACCCAGAUCAUCUGCCUCGGUGUAUUUGGCCUGAAAGUAUCACCAGUAGCUGCAGGCUUCACCAUACCUCUCAUCAUCUUCACUCUUCUGUUCAAUCAGUAUUGCAGAACCCGGCUUCUUCCACUGUUCAGCACUUUCCCAGCACAGAAUUUAAUCGACAUGGACAGGGAGGACGAGCUGUCAGGAAGAAUGGAACAUAUUCACCAACGGCUCCAUACCGCAUAUUGCCAGUUCCCUGAUUCCGAAGAUAUACAACUGGAGGAGAUUCGGACCGUCGGGAAUGAUGAGGACGUCGGAGGUUGUAGCUCAGGCGGGUCCAACGGCAAAGGUAGCCCGGGUGAGUUCAACGGCAAAGGUAGCUCGGACGAGUCCAACGGCAAAGGUAGCCCGGGGGAGUUCAAUGGCAAAGGUGGCUCGGACGAGUCCAACGGCAAAGAGACCCUCCAGGAACAGCAGCAGCCCAGAAGGGAUCUGUCUCACCCAACACUCAAAGGGCUUCCCGUUAGCCGUCUGCAGAAUGCCGUGAGAUGCGUCACUUUCCUCAUUAGGCUGCAGAAAAGAGGCUUGUCAUGA